GAGUACCAUUCGCCACCACACUGCAGUUGACUUACAAGAUUAUCAUCUUGCGUACGGAUCACUUGACAUCAGAGAGGCCCAACGGCCACAAGUUUAUGCUCCCCGCCCGCGAAGGUCAAGUGUUACCUUCAGUGCGAAAUUGACUUUGGCUACGACGUGGUGCCACCAGAAAUCGAGAAUGUGUUCUCGCGUUGAUACUUAAGAGAAAGAAGAAAUCGGACCAAAAUGCUGCUUCCUGGUAGUGUGACGGAUAAAUUCCGCGGGACGUUUCCUCAAUUAGUGGCCGCCGUUUCAGGUACCCUUUCGUGUGUCUCCGAUGGCAUGCAGUACGGAUGGACAGCCCCCGUAAUACCGAAACUCCUAAGUGUCGAUAGUCCCAUCGUCGUCACCAAAGAUCAAGCGGAAUGGUUGGAAACCAUUCUAAUGCUCGGCGCGUGUUGCGGUUUACCAUUAACCAUGUUCUUGGUAGACAAAAUUGGUCGCAAAGGUUCCCUUCUAGCUUCGGCCAGCACCACUCUGGUAGCCUGGAUCAUCAUAGCACUAGCGCCUAGCGUGGAGUAUAUCUACUUCGCGAGGUUCAUCGCCGGUAUGGCCGGCGAUACAGCUUUCGUCGCCGCUCCAAUGUAUAUAGCGGAAAUGGCGGAUCAAAAAAUUAGGGGGUUCCUGUCAAGCAUCAUCUACCUGAUGAUGUUAACUGGAGUCUUGUUGAUCUACUGCGUGGCUCCAUUCGUUCCCAUCUACGUUCCAUGUAUUAUCGGAGUUUGCCUGAAUACGAUUACCCUGGUGUCGUUUCCGUUCAUGCCAGAUUCGCCUUAUUACCUCUUGUACAAGAACAGACCCGAAGAAGCUAAGAAAUCGCUGGAAAGGCUGCGUCCCUGCGGCGACGUCGACGCCGAAAUCAAAGACAUCGCGGCGGCUGUGGAACGGCAAAAAGAAGAAAAAGGACGACCGCAAGACUUGGUUUUGGUCAAAAGCAAUCGGCGAGCGCUGAUAAUAAUGGUGUGGCUGAACGGCUCGCAGCACAUGAGCAGCAUAAGCGUCAUGCUGAUGAACAUGCACUCGAUUCUCGAGGAAGCCGGUGCCGUGCACAUUUCGUCAUCGACGGCGGCCAUUAUCUUCUCCGCCAUCAUGUUUUGCGCGGCAAUGUCGGCUUCGUUGGCAAUCGACAAUUUCGGAAGACGAGUUUUACUCGUAACCUCCGGAAUUCUGGCCGGAACCAGCUUGGGAGUUGUCGCGGUGUACUUUACAUUGAAAAAUAACGGAGUCGACGUUCUUCACGUGAGCUGGGUGCCAGCGAUGGCGGUCAUGUGUUACGCGGCCGCCUUUAAAUUCGGCAUAGGCCUCGUUCCGAUUGUGUUGACAGCCGAAUUGUUUCCUGCCAAAGUAAAAGCGAUGGGGAUGACUAUCUCGGACGCCUGUUACGUCGGCUUUUCCGUAAUAUCCCUUCAAAUAUAUCAUCAAUUGAAAAACCGCUUCGGAAUCCAAGUGCCGUUUUAUAUAUUCGCCGUUUGGUGUUUUUGCACUGUCGCGUUUACGAUCGCCUUUAUUCCCGAAACAAAAGGGAAAACGCUGGAGGAAAUUCAGUUUAUUUUGAAGGGCGAGGAUAAGGGUGUCAAAGGGACGGCUCAAAGUAAUUCGGAAGCGUACAAGAACGAAGGAUUUGAACCCUAACGUUCGAAAAGCCGCGUGUAUGAGUGCACUAUAUAGGUAUUUAUUUGUAUUGGUUUUGUAUUAUUUACAUCAUAACUGCCGCAUAAUAAAAUAAUAAAACCAAAACUGGCGUUGUUUUAAACAUUUUUCGCUUCGGUAAAUAUGUCGGGAUUUGCAAUUCGCAUGCAAAUGUUAUGGAAUUUUUGUCGGAAUAUUUGCAGCCUCACGCGGAUUUAAUUCGCAGAAUGCACACUAUAACUUUUUAGUUUUGAAUUUUAAAUGACAGAUAUUGCACUGCACCUUUUUCAUCUUCAUCUUAUCUAUAACAAAACUUAUUUGAUGUAGGACGUGGAAAAAAGAAACUAUAUCAAAAUAUUCCAUACUAGACUAAGUAACACAUUAUCCCCACGAAAUCUCAUAUUCAUACAACAAUAUGAAACUAAAUUAAAUUUUCUAUAUUUCUUACUAAAUUUACAUAAUUGUGGAUAAUAUUUCGAUUGCUUGGAAGUAUGCAAAUUUUUUCUUCCGGUAAUAUGGAAAAUAUUUUUUCGAGCUUUUACUGUUUUUAGCACUUUUUACUUUAAAUGUUUUCAUUUAUAUGUUAUAUACAUGCAGUU